AGCAUACACUUCCAAUAUUUCGUAAAAGUUUUAAUAGUUAACGCUCCAGUUAUCCAUCAUUUUACACACUGUGCCCCCUGCACAGCGAGUUAAACUUCCCGAAACGAGGAAUAUGUGAAGCUUGUUUACUAUGGGAAUUAAAUCAGUCAUACUACUUUUAAUUUUACCUGCUGCUUGCAGAAGUUUUCAGGUGACCAUUGUGCUGAAGCCUGAUGUAGGAACCGUAGGCGGCUCAGUGCAGUUUUUUGUCUCUACAGACCCACCUAUCAGUUUAUCAAUACUAUUAUGGACUAAGAAUGGCUCCGUUGUAGUUACCUUCACUGGUGUCACCAGCAUAGGCCCUGACUAUGAAGGGAGAAUCAACUAUGACGUCACUACUGGAACACUGGAGCUGAAGAAUCUCACUCUGAAUGAUAGUGGCGUUUAUCAGGUACAAAUCACAGACUCAGGAGAAUUGGUAACCCAGCAUGUCAGCCUCGAAGUCUUGGAACAAGUAUCUGAUGUCAAAAUACAAGCCAAUGCCACUGAGCUAGUGGAGUUACAUGACUCUACCAGCCUGACAUGCUCCGCCUCUGGCUCCAAUCUCUCUUUCCAUUGGCUCAACAGCAGCUCUGACGUCAUAGUCAGUGAACGAGUUCAUCUGAGUGCUGACAAUCGCACUCUCACCCUUAGUCCUGUUUUGAGAUCCGAUCAGGAGCCAAUAUACUGCAGGGUGUCCAACAUCAUUAGCAAUAACACCAGCCAGCCUGUCACCUUUAACGUCAGCUUUGGACCCGAUAACGUUGCAGUAACUGUGAGUCCUCCAGGGACAACAUUCUCCCCAGGGACCAGCCUCACCCUGACCUGCUCAGCUCAGUCCAGACCUCCUGCACAGUUUCAGUGGGCCCUUAAUGACACACUGCUGAGCCAAAUGGGCGAUACACUCCAGCUCACGAAUAUUAAGGAGAGUCAGAGUGGUAAUUAUGUCUGCUGGGCUCAUAACACCGUGACCCUGCUGAACCGUUCAUCUGAACGUUCAGUGAUCACUGUUGUGGAGGGAGGUGUCCAGAAUGGCCUGUCUGGCGGAGCGAUUGCUGGGAUCGUGAUCGGUGUUUUACUGGCUCUGGGACUUUUUCCAGCUGGAUUCUUUAUCAUGAAGAAGCUGCGAAAGUCAGAAUUCUGCCAGACCGCAAAUGGAGAUGACCUAUGCUGAGGUCAGUCAUACCAAUCCCAAUGGAGGUGCAGUCCAGCAGAGUCGCCAAAGUUCCCAGGCCAAUCAGAUACCUCCAGCUUCACCAGUGAAUGAGUCUUUCACUUCCAUCUACUCACAAGUCAAGACCAGGCGUUAAAUUUUUGUCGUAGAGUUCAAUAAGAUAAGAUGUGUCUGCUGUUUUGCAGCAAUAUGCAUGUCAUCAAAGGCUUUCCUCCUGGUGCCCUCGUUAAGAUCAUUGAAUUUCAUUCCUUGCACCAUUCGCUAUUAACUUUAUUAUUAUUAUUAUUAUUAUUAUUAUUAUUAUGUCUUUUCCAGAUAAACCAAGAUGAUUUAUGCUAUUUGUAUGAAUAAAAAGUGGCUGGUGAACAUUGAAGAGGUACAGUAAGAUUAAACAUUUUGUAAUUGUACGUUUUACACUGUUUGGAAUUUUUCCUAAGAGUUUUUAGAUCGGAAUAAAAUUUUAGUUAUGAGCUAUUUUAAAGUUAGUUAUUUCGCAAUUUAUUCUCAAAAUUAGAGGAAGUACUACCUCUUCUGCCACUAUUGAAAGCCGCCUUUGGUAUGGGAUCUAAAAUAGCACAUGCUAACAAGUUUUGGAUGUGUAAUUUAAUGGAUAUGAUAUGGAUCUUUGUUGGCAAUAUGUCUCGUUCUCUGGCUUAAUUACAAAAUCAUCGGAAUAGUUUCAAGGAACUAAAAUGUGUGUUUCAUAUUCAUAUAAAUAAGGAAUGUAUAUACUUAGACUGAUUUCUCUGUUGAAUCAGUUCCUGUGCCCAACUAUCAGCUUAGGAAGCACUUGUUGUUUUUAUGUUUUUCUAAUUCUGUAUUAAGUUAAUUUGAUUUCCCAAUUUGACUUCACUUUUCGCCAAACCUGAGAAAAUUACGUCAGUCCUAAGGUUAAGAUUUAUAUUUGCUGUGAAGAUAAUGUAUGAUUUCCCAACUGGACACUCAGUAGUCCAUACAGAAAAUCGGUUUGAUUGCAAAAUAUUUUGCCAAUGUAAUAUAUUUUUACUGAUUUAGAUUUGUUGCAAUACUGCUUAAGUUAUGUUUGUUAGUCUUUGUAAUGUCCAGAAUGUAUGAAUGAAACCAAAUGCU